CAGAAGGUCUCCGUCAGAGCGAUCUCUGGGGAGAGGCUAACAUGUUUCUAUCUGCCGCCGGAGGUACCAUCACCACGGCCCUGAGCGCUCUCUUUUUCUACUUGUCAAGGAACCAGGACGCCUACCAAAAACUUGCGCAUGAGAUCCGCUCAAAUUUUACCAGCAGUACCGAAAUCCGCGGUACUGCAUUAGCCGGCUGCACAUAUCUCCGAGCAUGCAUCGAUGAAGCCAUGCGGCUCUCUCCUCCCGCCCCCGGCAUCCUGUGGAGAGACUUAGCCCCUGACGAUGACGAGAGCCAGCCUUUCGUUGUCGACGGUCAUGUCGUCCCUCCACACACAAUUGUUGGGGUGAAUACCUAUUCCCUCCAUCACAACGAGGAUUACUUCCCAGACGCCUUUGCGUACCGUCCGGAGCGCUGGCUCGCUUCGUCCGACUUCUCGCCGGAAGAGAAGAAAGUCAUGCGUGAGGCUUUCGCUCCUUUCUCCGUUGGCCCACGAGGAUGCGCGGGGAAGGCGAUGGCGUAUUUGGAGUGUAGUCUUGUGAUGGCUAGGACAUUAUGGUAUUUUGAUUUUGAAAGCACGGCUGGGGAGCUAGGAGAAGUCGGGGCAGGUAAAGUUGGACUAGAGGAUGGAAGGGAACGUCGGGGAGAGUUUCAACUGUAUGAUACGUUUAGCGCAAGUCAUGAUGGUCCUUACUUGACGUUUGUGGCCCGGGGUGACUUCUGGAAGGAUCUUUAGGGGGAUGGAAAUGAGAUCACGGUGUACCAUAAUCAAGAACUCUUCUUUUUGGGGCGGAUUCUCGAGGUUAAUUCGGA